AAAACAAAUUUUAAAAUUCUAUUCGAUUUUUUUAACGAAAAAAAAUUUUAUGAAAAUCAUUACGAUUGUGACGAAAGAGAAGAUCAAAGAAAACUCUACACGACAGUGCAAGUGCAUAAAUACAAGCAAUUGUGGUUGCUUAAACAUUUAUUAACAAAAACUAUAUAAAAACUUUAAUUAAAAAAUUUAAAGUGAAAAUAAAUAAGUAUAAAAUAUAUAUUAUUUACUCCGUUUUUUGGUACAGAAAUUAUAACUACUCUCUUGGUUAUACUCUCCUGCUCCCUUGAAUCCCCUUUGGUUUAGUGAAGGUGGAGCACGAAACUGUACCUCAAAUUCAAAGACACUAUUGGGGAAAUAUUUUUGGCGCGAAUUUUGACAUUUAAUAGUGUCAAAGCAAAAGAAAAUUGUAAAAAAAACUUUUUAAAGAACACUUAACAAAUAACAAACCAAAAUAUUGCCUCAAGGUUAUUCAACAUCAACAAUUUAAUGACGCAAUUCAGUAUUUUGCAUUUGUGAGUUAAUAUAUUAUUUAUUAAAAUACAUUUAUAAAGAAAUGUCCGCUGCUCGCGUAUUAAAUCCAAUUGUACUGUCGGAGUUCUGUAAGCUCCGACCCAGUCCAUCAGCAGUCAACAAUUUAUCUUGUGGACGUCAACUAAAUCGCAUUAAACGUGACCUUUUCGGUUCAGUUAAUCCUGCUGAAAUAAACAAAUAUGCAUCAGAUGAACUUGAAAAGAAUCACGAAAAAGCUGCCAAAAAAUGGGGUUUUGAUUUUCGGAAUGGAAUGCCAAUAAAAUGUAAUUCGCACUUCGUAUGGGAACGUGUGACUUUCCAAGAGGCAACAAACUCACCCGAAAUGUAUACACUUACACGUGCGGCACAUGUACGUCCAGUGACAACACCACCAACUCCUAUCGAUUUGUUAAUAGAUGAACGUGCUGAACGUGAAAAUUUCAUCAGCUCUGCAACAGAUACGGAUUCAUGUGAUGAAUCACAGGACGAAGCAACAGUAACAUUUAAGGUUCCAACUAUAGUUGGCCAUAGCAAUAAAACUACAAAAAUUACAUUGCCUAGCAGUAAACCUAAUUUGCGUAAACGUCAACCGAAGAUAACAGAAUAUAUGAAGGAACGCAAACGUCUCGCACAAACUCCUAAGAAAAUGUCACCACCAUCAAAACGCAUGCGUACUUCAUCUGGCAGUGGCGUCUCUUCAAGUACCAACAGUCACUUAAGUCAAAUGUUCGGCUUUAGUGGAAAUAUUACUUUCAAAAGAUCAUAUGCAAAAUAAACUCAAAUUUUUCUCGUCAACUUUACAUAUAUUUAAGUAUAAACUAUUUUGUAUACCCUAUAUGUAUAUUCCAAUUGUAAAUAUAUACAUAUACAUAUAUAUGUAUAUUUCGAUUUAAAUUAUAAGUACAUAAUUUCAAUUAAGAAAUUGCCAUAAAUAUUAGUGAUUAGUUAUAAAAAUUUUAUAUACAAAAAACUAUUAAUCAAAGACAAUUUUCUAUUGGUAAAAUCUAAAACUCUCAGUUUUAUAAA